CUUGAAUAUGAAUAGUCCUGGAUGUGGACCUCUCCUGAAAUGAAUAAUCCUAUAAUUUGUAUAAAUCGUAUUGUUUUAAGUAUGAAUAGUUGUGUGGUAUGCUGGGUAUGAUCGUCCCGAUUAUGCAGAGCUGGAUGUGUGGAUAGUGUUAGGUACGGUACUGGGUUUUUAGAGGUAUGAACUUUGUUUGAAGAAACGUAACAAUAAUCUUGGAUGACUGCCUGAAUCGUCUUGGUCUCGAUCAUCCCGACUGCGAACAGCGAGUAUGAAUCAUUCGGUUUGCCAAACUGUGUGGAACCACUGGUUCUUAUCUCAACCGCAUACUUAGAUCUGUGGUAAUCAGUUGUGGGCAACAAUCUAUUUUUGUUCUGUGGUUGUGGUGAGUCACCUUUCUUUGACAAUCAGCUGUAAAAGAAUAAUAAACGCAGUAUAUUAGAAGAGAAGAUUCAUAUUCGAUAAAUGCGUUAAAAGUAUAGGUAUAAACAAAUGGCAGACUUUUCAAAUAUACCCAAUUUUCACAUAAAGUUGGUCUUUGUUGCCCAUUUUAUGCUAAUCUCUUUAGCAUGCAUGGGUAGAUGGGCCCCAGCUUCUUACCUAUUUUAUAAUUUCGUUUUAAUUGUUACGUUACUGUGGAGCAUACACAAGCACGAAGCGGACGAACCUGUACAAAUGUGUGUUUUCAUAAACGGAAUGUCAGUAAUUCUGGACAUACUCGUGCUGGCGAUGUGUUUUCCAGACUCGCACGAAGGACGCGAGAGAUUUUCCGCGGCACUCGCCAUCAUUCAAGUCAUUCUGAGACCCUUUUCCACAUUAUUCUUGGCGAAAUUGCUUCAAGAACGUGUGGAAAUGUCAGGUGGAGGUAUGGGUAAUUUAUUUUCUGGUUCGCGCAGUCGUAACUACGAAGAUAUGGAUAAGAACGCCGGCCCUCCCCCCAUAUCCACGGGAAAUCACGGAGGUUACGAUUUUACUACGGCAGAGCAAAUUUGAGAUUAACUCUACAGUGAUAAAGAUGACCUCAUACUUAAUCUUUUAUGUGAUUAUUUAAACACUAAUUUGUUAAGUUUAAAGUAGAUAUCAAAUUUCUCCUAAUUAGAAAGAUGAGAGCGAGUGUAAUGGGUUUAUUGAAAAAAUAAACUUGAUUAUGGUUUA